AUGAGCUCAUCAGUUAAGUUUUCGCACCCGCUCAGGUCUUGGUUCGAUAGCAUGCUUCGGUCAAUUCACCUAACGAGACAAGUUGUACGAUGCCAAAGCAGUGCUAAUAAGCUUUCUCCCGAGGAGUCCAAGAAGCAGGCUGCACAGCUUGCGAUUCAGUCGAUCAAAGAUAUGGGUCUGAUUUUCGGGUCUGGAUCUGAUGAAGCCACUCAACCCAUCGACACAACACCAAUCUGGAAUAAUCCAGCAGAGUUUGCCAGCUUAUCCCUUUUGCAUCAAGGCCAAGUGCUUAAGGAGUUGCAAGAUAAGUACGACAAGAGUUGGUGUAAACUUACUCUUGCCGAUAAAAGGCUUGGGUACUAUAUUGCUUACGGGAAUUGGGGGGUGCGAGACAAAUUUGAUAAUUGGAGUACUACAACUGCUCCUUAUGAUCUCCCAUUUACCGUUCCCUCAAAAGUCAAAGAUUCGAACCCAACUGCAACUACCGUAAUAAAAAAACUUCCUCCGGUAGUGCUUGCUGAAACUGAGGUACGCAAACCGCAGUUUGACUUCAAACGCAUGGAUCCAGUCACCAAAGUAUUCCUCUACUUGACUUUGUUUAUAACGGUAGCUGCAUUGAUCAGAGACAAAAAGGUUGGCGAAGAUGGAAUGCCUCGUGAGAUCGUUAUCGAGGAUCCCUAUGAGAUAGAGAGAAAUCGGAGAAAUCAAGAAGAAGAAGAGCUCAAGCAGCGCUUAAUGCAGAAGAUGAAGGAAGAACAGGAAAAAAAGAAUCAAAAGAAGUGGUACUUCUUGUGGUUGAAAUGA